GCCAGGUAGUUGUGAGAACUCAUUGGCAGGUGUACUCGUCCAAUCAGCACCAUUUAGUUUCAGCCCCGUUGCCCCUUUGCCUGCACCACAUCCCAGUCCUCUGGGUUCCAGAACGUUGACGCACACAUUUCGCCUCCUGACACGAAACGCAGCUCCGCGGAUCAGGCGUCGCGUCACUAACUCAAAAGGUGCUCAAGGUUCCCGCUCAGAACAUCGGUCCAGGGGGGGCCACUACCGUAGGUUAACCGUUGGUGCUCACUAUGCCUUUUUGAAGGGGUACCAUUGUGACUGGCUUAAAGAGUAAGUUACAAGAUAUAUUCUUUUUUUUGUUCUGGAUUUCUAUACUUCAGUGAGGAAGAUGUUUUCGUCCGCGGGUAAACGCUGUUUUACGAUAGAGUCCUUGGUGGCCAAAGAAAACCCUCUAACCACGGAAGAUCCCAUCCGACCGACGGCUUUGACUUAUUCCAACCCCACUGACGCUUUCAUGAACGGGUACCAGAGUCCCACCGGCAGGUCUCUGUAUCAGAACCCGGAGCUGGUGUUCCCCGAGUCAGUCAACCACCCAGGGCUGACCAUGAACCCCCACCAGCUAGGAGGGGGCCACCUACAACACCCUGCACACUUCUUUGGGACGCAACACCGAGACCCUCUUAACUUCUACCCAUGGGUUUUACGGAACAGGUUCUUCGGACACAGAUUUCAAGGAAAUGAUGUUUCCCAAGAUAGCAUGCUCCUUCACGGCCCGUUCGCCCGGAAACCCAAGCGGAUCCGCACCGCCUUCUCCCCGUCGCAGCUCCUGCGGCUUGAACGGGCGUUCGAGAAGAAUCAUUACGUAGUAGGAGCGGAGAGAAAACAGCUGGCCAACAGUCUGAGUCUGUCUGAAACACAGGUGAAGGUGUGGUUCCAGAACAGGAGGACUAAAUACAAGAGACAGAAGCUGGAGGAGGAGGGGCCUGACUGUCAUCAGAAGAAGAAAGGAAACCACCACAUCAACAGAUGGAGGCUUGCCACCAAGCAGGGCAGCUCAGAGGACAUUGAUGUCACCUCUGAGGACUGAGAAUACCCCCCACUCCCCCUUAUGUCCCCUUCCUCCCCCUUCCCUGGC